GAUUGUUCUGUGUAUUUUAGGAACCAGAAACCUCCUAUGUACAACCACAACGAUAUGACUGCAGCAUUUUUAAGAUGGCAAGGUUGACCUUGACGUGGAUUAUCAUGAUGCUUCAAGGUUUAGGUGAGGGUCUGAAAUGUUUCAAAUGUGACAACCUGAGGAAUUCUGCAUGUGGUGUGAACUUUAAAUCAUACCAGUUUCCGCCAGAAAAUUGCCCAGGGUUCGAGUACAAGUGUGGCCUUCAACGACAAAGUCAAAGAGGAGAUUAUAUAGGAAUUAUAAGAGAUUGUUAUAAGAUAGGAUCACUACAAAUGGAAGAUGAAAGCGACAAAUGUCAUCAGAUAUCAUCCGAAGAUAACAGCACAUCGUUCUUAUUGUGUUUAUGUAGUGAAGACUUUUGUAAUAUAGCUUCAAGAACAUCAACAUGUAGUUAUAUAAUGAUUGUGAUAUCAUUGGUAUUAUUACUUGGCCUAGUUCAACAUCAUCAUGUAGUAUAAUACGAGUUUUGAUGUCAAAGGUCAUAUGUAUAUCUUGACCUAAUUAUAAAUGGACAAUAGCAACGUGCCUAAAAUUUACAAUUGAUUUUUUUUCAUGGUAUCCAUUGAUCACAUUUACUAUGAUUCUUUUAUACUCAUUGUAAUAUUAUAACAUUUAUAAAAUUGUUUGUAUAAAAUGGCGAUUUGCUCGUGUCAUCUGAUGAAUGAAUGUUAUUUCUACAGAAUCAUAACUCAUAUUUUAUUUCUCACGAGUCUAAAAGGGGUAUAACUUUACUCGAUAUAUUAUUUGAAAAAACUAGACAGGAGAACGUUGACGUCUUUUUAUCUUUUGACAAUGUUAUACUUACUCUAAUACAUUAUUUGACGAUAAAGCAUUAUUACAUAAUAGUCUAUCAGGAAAUUAUAUUUACUUUGAGAGAGCCCUAAGGGCUUGGUAAACAAUUUAUAAUAAUUUAGAAACUUUAUUCAGCUUGAGAUAUGAGGCUUCUUUGUCAUCUCUGUAAAAUUUCAUACUUUUAACAAGCCCAUAGCUGUAAGUGGAUUGGUCUACAAUGGGCAUAUUGUCCAUUUUUUUCAGAAUUUGUUAAAAAAAAGCAAUAAAAAUGUGUCUUAUAAAAUCUUUCUUGGACAAAAAAAAUUGAUUAAGUUCUCAGUGAUUAAGUAUGAAUAUCCAUAAUGAUGAUUUAUAAAUAAAAUUUUUGUUGUUGUAUAAUAUUUUUUCCUGGAGCAUUUUAUCAUCUGCUAUUUUAAGAGAUGUAUCACACAUUUGAAAACAACAGCCAUAUAUGAUUUUUGUUAUCUGUUGUUAUGUCCGAUACUAUAAAAACACAUAAUUGUUUGACAAAUAUUAAUUUAUAGACCAACAAACUUAAAAUGUUUUAGCUUUCUACAUGAAUUACUUAACUCCAUGUCAUUUAUUUGGACGAUUUGCUCGUUCAAAAAUAAACGUUAUGGGUUAUGUAAUAGAAAGAGCACCGAAACACGAGGCUAUCUGAUUUGUACGAGGGGGCGUAGCCCCAGAGUAUAAAUCAGAUUUCCGAGUGUUUUGGUGAUCUUUCUCUUGUGUAUCAUAGUCAAACAUGACAGCACGUUCUCUGUUGUCAUAAUAUGAAACCCCAGGAAAAAAACCAAUGAACGAGCAUUUGAAUAUGAUAUUUCUGCCCCUUUCCUUUUAUCUGCCGUCACAAUAAGUAAACCCCAGGAAAAAUGAACCAAUCAACGGGCAUUAUCUGGAGUGCGGGUAACUGAUACCUGCACUCCAGUUACCGCACUAUGCAUGUAUAUGUAUACGAUUUAACUCUGACACUUUUUCAACAGAAAGGUCCCCAAACUAUGAUACAAGUUAACUUUUGGAUUUCUAUGCUGUUUAUAUAUGAUAAAUCAAUUUGAACGAGGUGAAAGACUUUACAUGAAACGUUUAGUUAAUAACUAUUUUUACUGCUGUGAGAUUAAAUUUAUGACUAGUCACAGACUUCUGUUUUAAAUAUGUUUGUUCUGAAAUGUACUGAAGAUAAAGAAAUAGAGAAAAGGUGAAUCGCUAAAGAAAGACCAAAACGACAAAAUUUAAAAUGUUGCACGCUCGGUUUGAUAGAGCCUGUUCUUUAAAGGUUCUGUCAAGUGCAAACUACCUUCCAAGUCCCCUGGCAUCGGCUUAAGCAGAAUUCAACAUUUAAACAUGAAUGGUAAAAUUUU